CUCUUUCUGAAAAGCUCCAGGUUCUUUUUUUUUUUUCUUCUUCUUCACAGGAAACCCUCAACCUCAAUCGCCCAUCCUUUUCCUUCCCAUUUCCGCCAUUUCUGCAUUGGUUUCAAAAUCUCACUCAGAGAGAGAGAGAGGGAGAGAAUGGACGAGACAAAAGGGAAGCCGAAGGAUCAGAAGGAGACGGUCCCAAACCCGCCUGCGAAUUCUUCUUCGACCCUUCCGCCUCCUACUGGGGAAUCGGCGGUAAAGGAGGAAGAGCGGAAGGUUUUAGAGAUGGACGGCUCUGCCAAGGGAGGCAAGGUUUCCUCGUUGAAGUUAAGCGGCAACCCGCCGAGCUCUUCUUCUUCUUCUUCCGCUGCCACCGUUCCGACUGACCCAGAGCUCCAGAAGAAGUUCCGCCGGGCUGAACGGUUUGGGUUACCAGUGCAGCUGUCAGAGGAAGAGAAGCGGAGCUCUCGAUCCCAGAGGUUUGGUUUGUCAUCUCUUCAUGGACCAGGAGAAACAACAAAGUCAGAAGAGGACAAGAAGAAGGCUAGAGCAGAAAGAUUUGGUCUUCCUGCAGAAACCCCUGUGGAUGAGGAGGCAAAAAAGAAAGCUCGGUUAGCCAGGUUUGCACCUGUCACCAAGGUCGAUGCUGUAGAGGAAGAUAAGAGAAAAGCCAGAGCCAUCAGGUUUGCAAAGCCUGCGUCAGAUGGUACAUCAGAAGCAAAUGGACAAGUCAAGACUGAGAUGCUAGGAUCAGUGGGAUGAACAAGUCGUUUAAUUUUUGUAAGAUUUUGCGUUGUGCUGAUGAUCCACACUAAAAUGAACCGAUUGACGGCUAUGCUGUUAAGUGUUAAGAUAGAUGCACUUUGACAUGUAAUCUUUUUAUGGUCAAAAAGUGAUUUUAGAUUUA